AUGUUAGGGGCUAAAUAUCACGUUAUUGAUCCAGACUACAGUGACUACUAUAACUCUGAAGAUACCAAUUUUGGAUCACCAUGCAAUGAUGGCAGCUUCGGUGGGGUUGUCCUGGCCGUCCUGUACAGCACAGUUUUCAUCGUUGGUUUGCUGGGAAACGCUGUGGUCCUGUGUGUGCUGAUCAGACACCGUCACAGAUGCAGUCUGACAGACAUGUGUCUCCUCAGUCUGGCCGUGUCUGACCUGCUCUUUCUCGCCUCGCUCCCUGUUUGGGCUCACAGUGCGGUGCAAGGAUGGGUUCUUGGCUCAUUCAUGUGUCACAUCAUAACCGCUCUCUUCAUGAUGGGUCUGUACAGCAGCGUCUUCUUCAUGGUCCUCAUGACACUGGAUCGCUACAUCAUCAUUGUCUACAAACACAGCAUCUGUUCCAGAAAAUGGCCUGCAAAAAUGGCUCUGAGCUUAUUUGUAUGGAUGCUCAGCCUGUUUGCGUCCCUCCCUGAUAUUGUUUUUGCCAAAGUGAAAGUGGACACGAGCACCAAAGAAUCCUGCGGAUCAGAAUUUCCUGAAGGUGCAGCCUGGAUGUCGUUUAUGUUCCUGAACAUCCUGAGCUUUAUUCUGCCUCUGAUCAUCAUGAGCUUCUGCUUUUGCCGGAUCCUCAGCAGUAAAUCAGAAGAAAAGCACGGGAUCAUCAGACUCCUCCUGGCUGUGCUGGCCGUUUAUUUCCUCUUCUGGACUCCAUACAACAUCGUCACGUUCCUCAUAUUCCUGCAGAGGAAGGGCUUCAUGCUUACUUGUGAGUUGCAUAUUAAUCUGAGUCUUGCCAAGCAGUGGGUGGAAGCGAUCGCAUUAAGCCAUUGCUGCCUCAAUCCCAUCAUCUACACCUGUGUGGGACAGAAGUUCAGAAGAGCAGUGCUCACAGUCCUGAAGGAGCCACUUUCAUCCAGCUUCAGCUCUCCACAGUCACCUGAGAGCAUCUUCUGAAUAUUCCUCCACACUGAUCACAUAGAGAGCAAACACACUCUCUGAGUUCAGUCGCCUUUUUGUUUUUUGACAGUUUUGUUAACAAUUAUGUAUGUGAUGUAGAAGAAUGCAGAAGCUGAAACUGUUGCAAAGGUACACAUAUAAUGCAUGCAUAUCACUCAUAUUUUAUAUAUGUAAAUGAUACAGAAAUGAAUGAUUUCAUGAACAUUUUAAAAUAAACUCACUGUUAGUAUUUGCAUCAAGGAGUGUUUUUCAUGCAAGUUACAUAAUCAAAUCACUUUUUUAAGUUACUAGUAAAGUAAUGCAUAUUUUUUAAUUGAGAAGGAAAUAUCUGAGUUACUUUUUUCAAAUAAGAAAUGCUAGUUACUCUGUUUCCAUGUGUUGAGUGACAGCUCUGGUGUUGCCAUGGUGACAGAGAUCAGGAGUCAGUGCAGUGUUGAGUGUGAACAUGAUCUCACUGUAGAUCUAGACUCAAUAUGAGCAUCUGUUUACUCAUAUCACUGAUCAAAAACACAUUCAAAGUUCCUCAAAAUCAAUAAAAACAGUCAAAUGCUAACUUGGAAUAUUAUACAAACUGGCAAUAACUAAAUAUGUUAAAUAAGACCAAUAUCACUUAUAUAUUUAAUCUUAUAUCUUUGUCUUUGUUAUUGACCUUCGAUGAACCAAUUCAGCCAUACUAAGCAAAUAUAACACAUUUGUGUUUUAUUUUAGUUAUUGUUGAAUAGUGUUGAACUUUCUUCUCCUGCUCAUAUGCUUCAGCUGUUUUUGUUGAGCAAUAAAGGACUUUGAUUAAAGUUACCCUUUGCUUUUGGAUCUUAUGCUUCAGCCUGACACUGGCAUCAAGAGUAAAAAAAAAGAAAAAAA